UGUUCUCAGGCGAAGGGUAACUGAUUCCAACUAGUCGGGAGAAUGGCGAUAUCUGGGAAUCUGAGCUUAUUAUCUCAUUGUCAUCCUAAAUGCCUCUCUUUACCUUCUUCCAAGGUUGAUUUCACGGGCUUCACAAGCAACGGCCUAAACAUUUUGGAAACCCAUAAAUGCCCUCCUCCUGGAGUAUCCAUAAUCCGCGAACACAGACCCGGUCAAGCUAUGGUUUCAGCAAGGAACACCACCACUACGGUAGACUUCGAACUAUCAUCACCAAGCUCCGCUGAGCAAGAGGUAGUAGUAGUAGAGAGCUUCCUCUCCAACGCCAUCGACAUGAGUUUCCUCGACCGGUUAAACAUAGCGUGGAAGAUCAUAUUCCCAUCCCACGCGUCGUCGAGAAGAAGCUCCAACGCGAGAAUCGCGAAGCAGCGGCUCAAGAUGAUCCUCUUCUCGGACAGGUGCGCCGUGAGCGACGAGGCUAAAAGGAAGAUCGUCGACAACAUCGUUCACGCGCUGUCUGAUUUUGUGGAGAUAGAGUCAGAGGAGAAGGUUCAGCUUGACGUAGCUACGGACGGUGACCUCGGGACCGUUUACUCGGUCACGGUGCCUGUUAGGAGGGUGAAAGCUGAGUACCAAGACGUGGACGAGGCUGUUGGAUCCAUAACCAACGUUGAAUAUAAAGAUACGCUUGAUGGUUCUGUCGAUGUCAGGUUCGACUUUUAUGUUCCUGAGUAGUAAUAAGAAGGCACGGUGUUAACUAGAGCGUUGUUUCUUGAACUGUGUCUUGUUUGUCUGUGUAGAGAAUAUUCUAUCAUUUUAUCCAUAUUUAAAAAAACUUGAAAAAACUC